AUGACUACAUCUCGUGUCCGAAUCUGCACCAACUUUAUAUACUCACAUGUUCUUAACCCACUUUUUAACCGCAAUGUCCGGACAUUCUCUUCUUGCAAUUCCGUGGUAUCUUUCAAAAGUGCGCAAUCAUUCCAGAGCCAUUACCCCAACAGUAAUCUAGAUCCAUAUUCUCCGUCGUCAUCUAAGAAAUCCUCCGUAGAUUCUGAUAAUAACUUCACAGGAUAUAUUCCCAUUGAUAAACUUCAAAUCAGUUAUAUGAAAUCAAGUGGGCCAGGUGGACAAAAUGUUAAUAAAGUUAACACAAAAGUGGAAGUACGUUUCAUAUUCAGUCCGCAACAUGGAUACCAUCCUGAAUCAAGACAAAAAUGA